AUGCUUAGAAAUAAAGAUAGAAAUAAAGUUACCCCUCUACAACUUUUAGAUAAUGAUUUCAAAGAUUUGGUUUGGGUUCCCGAGUACAUCGACGAAAACGAUGAGUAUCAUUUAAGCUACAGAUUUCAAUUAGCUAAAGAGUCUUCUGAUGUUAGGGAUGCAAAUAGUGAAGAGACUGGUAAACAAGUUCUAGAUAAAAGACCAAUUGUACGGCAAAAACACAAUUGGUCUGAUCCAAAAAGAGGUGGAUCAGAUAUAUAUAUGUUUGGUUCUAAUAAAAAUAACAACUUAGGUGUUGGAGAUGCAACAGAUAGAUCUGUACCGUCAAAAAUUUCUCACGAAUGGUUUAGAACAAGAGGGACUGAAAACCAAAAUAUGCCGGCAAAUCUUAUGAAACCAAGAUAUAAGAUGGUUAAAAUCUCUAAGAACCAUUCUAUUGUAUUGACUUAUGAUGGCAGUUUAUAUUCUUGUGGUAUUGGGUCAAGGGGAAGACUUGGCCAUGGGUUCAAAGAUUUGAACAACACAUUUCGUUUUAAGAAGAUUAAUUUUUUUGAACUAAAUGAAGGUGAAAAUAUGGAUCAUACAGAUAAAUUCAUCAAAGAUGUAGCCAUUUCAAGUAAUCACUCCAUUGCCUUAGAUAAUGAUAAUGAAAUUUAUUCUUGGGGAUUGAACAACUUCAACCAACUAGGCUAUACUUCCUCAAUAGCUUCAAGUUCCAACUCUGCCUCACACAAGACGUUCCUUGAGCCUUUCGAAGGUUUGCCAAAAGAGAUCAUUUCUGGAGACUUAAAGAAGAAUCAAAGAGCUAUUAUUGGUAUAACUGUAUCUAAGGUUCAUUCUGUUGCUUAUACUAAGAAUGAAUUGUUUUUCUGGGGUUUAUGUAUCGGUCAGAUGGGAAUACCUAUGGAUACAACAACAACACUAAUAGAACAUAAAGUGGAUACUAUAACUUACAAAGGGUUCAUUCAGCGUAGUCCAAAAAGAGUUGCAUUGAGAGAUGAAAUUAAGUAUGUACAGACUUCCGAAACUUGCACUUGUAUUAUCACCACAACAAACGAUAUUCAUAUAUUUUAUCAGUAUCAGCAUUUUAAAUUACCGAAGAUUCCUGUUAAGGGAUCUAUUGAUAAGCAUUUUGAUUUAUUCAAGCCAACAAAGCUUACGCAAGCAAUCACUAUAGAAAAAGUAUGUCUAAAGAGCCACCAAUUCAUCGCACUAUUACUAGAUAACGGUGAUGUCAUGAGUUUUAUAUUAACGCAACCUGAUAAUGGUGAUGGGUCGUCGAAAGGUUAUAAAAACUUAAAGUAUUCUUCUCUAUGGAAGUCAUAUGACCGAGACAUGAAGGUAAUAGACAUUGAUGUUUCUAAUGACGGAUCAAUUAUUUUAUGUACUAGGAAUGGUUCUGCGUUUAUGAAAACCCAUUCCUCUCAAAGGAAAAAUUCAAUGAGUGAAGUAAACUUGUCUAUUCCAGCCGUAAAAAAUAAGUUCAAAAGAAUUGAGAAUUUAAAUAAGGUGAUUAAAGUGUCUUGCGAUGACAACUUUUUGUCUUUUGGAUUUAUUAGAGAUGAAAUUGACUUGAUUCCCUUUGAAUUACAAAGUAACGAUUUCUUGAAAGAUAUGGAGUACCUCAGUUGCCUUUCAAAUAUAGAUUUCUUUAGAAAACAGAAACAGCUUUUAAGUGUUGGUCAUUAUCAUAAUUCCUAUAUUUCAGACUACGUAUAUCCCCAGAAGUCAAGCAGCAAUGCAAAUUCGUCUUACCAUUCAAUUUUCCCAAGUCAACCUCCAGAAGAUGAAGAAGAGUUAGACGAAGUACAUUCAAAAGAGCAUGAUGAUAAUAAAAGCGCCAUAUGUGAUAUCUUAUUUGAUAGAUAUAUUAGCAGAUAUGACUUCCAGAGAAAUAAAAGAAUUAAACCAAGGAAUACUUUUCAGCAUACAUCUCGUGCUGAAGAUGAAUCUCUUUUGAAUUUGUUGAAAUCUGAUAUGUUAUACUUAUCACUCAAAUUGACUGAAAAUUCAGAGUCUAAUAAAAGUCAUAACUGCUCAAUAAAGUUUGAAAAGUAUCCCGAUAUAUCUAUCAAAAUUCACAAAGAAAUAUUUAUAAAGAGAUCAGCAUUUUGCGCUAGAAUCUUUAACCCUACGGAUUCAGGAGAGUUUUUUAUAGAAGAAGGAGUAGAAGGUAGAUAUAAUCCAGAUGAGAAUGUGUUGAUUUUCACGAAUAAUAUAAAUAUUAAAUCGGUUUUAAUUGUUAUUCAUUUUAUAUACUCCAAUAAAGUAUUGAAUAUAUGGGAUGACUUUCCAGGAGGACUAAAUUGUCCAAGUGAUAUAAAAGAGAUAAGACAAGAUUUUGAUAAAUUGACAAGGCUUUUCUCAGUAACAGAUCUACUAGGUAGGCUUACUAAGGAUGAGGUAUACUUGAAAAAAGUUCAAGCUUUAAAUGACGACAGGGAGAAUGGUGACGUGAUUAUACGGCUCAAAGAUGGAGAUAUAACAUGCCACUCGUAUAUAUUAAUUGCUAGAUCUGCGUUUUUUGAAACUGUUUUGUCGGAACGCUGGGAUUAUCAAAACGACGAUGGAGCUUUCAAAGUUUUAACUCUAGAAGACGUUACAGCAUUUCAAUUUGAGAUAAUUUUACGUCAUCUAUACGGUUAUAAUGAUAUUGAAGUAUUUGAUUGUAUUGCUGAAAAUCUCGGUGAUAUCCCAGAUACUGACGAAUUUAUUAACGUUUUAUUAGAUCUUAUUGAAAUUUCAGACGAAUUACUACUUUUGCAAUUGAAAGACUUAUGCCAGCUAGGUAUUAAGGAUUUCAUAUCUUUAGAAAAUGUUUUGAUUCUAUUGACUCAUGGUCAUUAUUUAAACGCUCCUAAGUUAUUUAUGAAUUGUUGUUGGUUUAUCUAUAAUAAUUUAGAUGCAAUAUUAUUUGACCCAAGUUUUAGAGAAAUACCAGAUGAGUUACUCAAAGAACUUGAAAAACAAGUUCUAUUUUUCCAAUAUUGCAAACUGAUAGACUUCGUAGAAAGCUGUGAGACACUGAGUCAGGCUUCACUUAAGCAUUGGAUGGAGCUGCAAUCAAAUUCGUUGAUACUUAAAUUUUUAAACAAUAUUAAAGAACAUAAUGAAAUUUUCAUAUCAGAUAAGAAAGGCUUUGAAGGUUUCGAUCCAUUGAUUGACAUUAAGUAUUCUCAGCGAAAAUUAAACCAAGAAUCAUUUAGGAAAAAGAAGGAAACGAGAUCCCAUUCAACUACAUCGAGGAAAAAUUCUACUAUUUCAAAUAUCCAGGCCAAUAUUAUUGAUUUCAGGAAGAUUGCUGCAACGAAAAGUAAUGAAAAUGAAGAAGCGUUGGAUGAUUCGGAAGAUGGUUUUGAAGUGGUGAAUAAUAAACGAAGACAGAAUUCAAAAUCUGACAAUUUCAAAUCAGUAUCAGCUUUAAACUCUGCCUCGCCUACACCUCCACCAUCGCAAACAGCCAGUAGAAGUUUUUCAGUUGUUGAUGUACAAAAAAUUAAACCUGCAAGAAAAGCAUCGGUAACUGGAUUAUCUUCUUCCAAACCUCUUAUGGUGAAUAAGGACCCACACAUUAACAUAGGAUUAAGUUCUCGUUCUACCUGGGCUGAUAAUAAUGGUAUGUCACUAAAUGAUAAGCAGCCUGUUCUAGGUAAAUGUCUCGAAACUCAAAAUAAGGAUCAGCAAAAUUUAUUACAGAAGAAAAACAGCAAAAUCAAGUUUGGGCCUUCAGUUCGAUUAUCUCAAAAAGAAAGGAAAAAGAUCGCAUCUCUGAUCACUCCGGAUCAUAGCAGUACCGAGGAGGUAUCAAAAAUAGUAAACCCUUGGUCGAGAAAGGAUUCUGGGAGCACAAUUGUUGGUAGCUCGAAUGGAUUAGAUUUGCCAGUAUUGGGCAGUCUGGGUCGUCGCUCAUCGAAGCAUGGAGAUGAUGCAGAGAAAAAUUCUUCACAAUCAAGGCAUUAUGAUGUUGUAGGUUUGGGUGAUUCAAGUUCUGUGAAGUCUGAAAAUGAUUUCAGCGGCAAGGAACAGUCAAGAAAAUUAUCAAGUUUACCAAAGUUAGGUAAUGCUGGAAAUCAUGUAAAGCAAGGAACAAGUCAAAAUAAGUCUGCAUAUUCCUCCAUGGCACUAAACGUCAAUAAUCCGGUUAAUAAGGUAUAUUCUACUCCGUCGUUAACAGAGAUAAUGAUUCAUGAAUCUUUAAAAAUAGAGGAGGCUAAAAUUAAAGAAACAGAAAGAAAAACUUUGCAGGAAAUACAACAGGAGCAACAAUUUGCAAAAUGGUGGGAGGAAGAAGCACUUAGAGUACAACGCCAAAUGUCUCAAAUGGAAAUAAAUGGACGGGAUCAAUCAGGUUCAUCUACGAAGCAUAAUAAUGGUUUAAAUAAGUCUAAGAAAAGUAAAAAUACCAAACCUAAACACCCGUCGAUACAAAAUAAUGACUCGCUUCAUACUCUGAACAACAAACCACAAAUCAAAUACAAAAGUGGUACUAAAAAGUGA